ACGACCGCUUUUAUACCGAAAUGGCACCAUUGUCCAUCAAAUACCACCUCUCACGUGUCCCCAUCACCGACCAUCGAUCGACGUCGUAAUCGGUGCUUGCUGGCUUGCCGCAUCUGGGGGCUGGUUGAAGCGCUGGGCUACGCGAGCCUCUCACUCUCCAAUUUUCUUUCUCCGCGCGUGGAGGCUCGGAUUUUGUGGAAUCGUCGUCGUCGUUGUCGCCGUCGUCGCGCGUUGCGUUGCUGCAUCAGCUCGGAACGUUGAACGAGUUUGCGUUGAACCGCGUACGCGUGCGCCCGAGUGUUGUCGUUUGUUCCGCGAUCCGCGCCGUGGCUCACCUGUUCGUGAAGCUUUGAAACAGUGAUAGUGUUUUGCUUUCAGAAGUGUCCUUGACCAGGUGUUCUACUUCAAAGGGAAACAAAGUCGGAUCGUGUGUUCUAGCUUUGGGCUACUGGAGUGCUAGUGUUAUCAACCUGACCUGGAUCAACUAAAGUUCCUUACACUUACACGAAGGUUUUAAAGUGAAUUUAGUCAGUUUUCUUUUGGUGAAAUCUGCUGUAAUACAGUGGCAACAGCUGCAGCAACAGCAGUAUUACAUAAUUGUGGGCAGCAAAAGCAAAAGUGAAACCUGUGCAGUUCAUUGAGUGUAGUGUGGCUAAAGGCUGCGUGUGUAAACCCUCCGGAAUAAAUGAACGAAGAGAGUUUAGAGACAGCAUCAACGACCACUCCGGUGGCUGUGAUACCACCGCGAUGUCCCAUUACCCCGCAAACAAUUCGGUCAACGACAACAAUCCCGACAACCGCUAGUGAACCGAUCCUGGAGACCACCACUGCCGCCGAGGACAGCGAUCCUCGGCCACUGCUGGGAUGUUCCUGCAGUUGCUCCGGGGGCGGAAAUAGCUUAUCGGAACUGGCUACAUCCACCACCCCAACCACAACCGACGAUGACCUCGAGGAGAGAAAAUAUAUCUUCAAAAUGAAACUGAAUUACUAUAAUAUCUAUCUGGUUACGACCAGCUAUCGAAAGGAAAGGCGAUUUUCUCUUUUUUCGCUUCUUUUACAUAACCAUGUGCACGGCGGUGGCGGCGGCGUCGACUACGAUGGCCGUAGGGGGGUUACUCCAUGCCGCGAUCGCGCGCUUUCUGUUGUGUCUGCGCCUCCGCGUUGUGCCCCGUUUCUUCCAUCCACCCUGACUCGUGCUCAUGAUUCCACUUUCCCCUUUUUCCGACCCAUCAAACUUGCAUUGUUACUUAAGAGCCUGGGAGAAAACCAGUCAAAGCGACAGCGCCGCAUAUGUGUAACAAUAAACGACGAUGAGGCCUUUGUCUUCUCAACGGCGAAGGCGGGGGCGCAUCUGAUGCAACAGAAACACGCACAUGCAAAAUACUUCUAAAAACAUGUUACAAUGUAAACCUUUCACCUUUCGCUGA